AUGCCGAGCGUGCACCGUUCGAGGCUGCUGGCGGCGGGCCGCGCGGCGCCCGACGAAGCCGACAUCCGCCUCUGCUCCCUGCUACUGGCCUCGUUCGUGUCGCUGAUGCUCCUCUGCGGGGUGCUCUCCCUGCUCUCCCGCGCCAGCGCCUUCCCCACCAAGAUCUACGUCAUCCUCGGCCCGACGGCGAUCAUGCUCGUGCUCAUCUUCCUCGGCGGGCUUGUCUCGUGGGGGUUCCAGGCUCUGGCCGCCUCGGCACCACCUCAGGCUCCGGCGCCCGCACGCCUGGCACGACGCCUUUGCGCGUGCGGGCUGUCCGACGCGGCGGGCGUCGCCACGCUGCCGGCGUUCCCGUUCCAGCCGGCGCCGGCCCAGCAGCCCGCGGCGGCGAGCGAGGGGGAGCGGCAGCCACCACGCUGGAGCGCCGUGCUGUGCGCGGUGUGCCUCGAGGACGUGCGGGCCGGCGAGAUGGUGCGGCAGCUCCCCGCGUGCCGGCACCUCUUCCACGUGGACUGCGUCGACGUGUGGCUGCGCUCGCACCGGACCUGCCCGCUCUGCCGCUGCGAGCUCCCGCGGCGGAAGGCAACCGCGCAGCAGACCGUGGCCGUCACGCCGGCCACGCCGGAAGCGGUGCCGUUGCCGCCUGUUUGA